CGAGUCAAGAACCAAGACAAAGCUGAACUUUAAGAAAGGUUGAAAUGGCUCAGUGUUUGAAAGGAAUCAUUGGAAUUGGUUUGUUGGUGUUAUUAGUCUGGCCGAGUUAUUCAGUCGAGGCUAAUACUUUUACCUUGGAGCAAUUACAGGAGCAACUACAAGGACUUAGAGAAAACUACAUUAAAUUCAAACAAGAUACCCAAACCAAAUACGAUCAUCUCGAAGCGAAAGAGAGACUGUUGGAAGAAAAAGUCGGUCGACUGGAACAAGAAUUGCGGAGUGAAAAAGAAACCAUCCAACGAUUAUUAGCAGCUGGGAACAACAACACGCCAAGAACGUGUCACGAGAUUCACGACAAUGAUCCAUCGCUGGCAUCCGGAAUGUACUGGAUUGAUCCCGAUGGCCAAGGAGUUGGUGAUGCUCCCAUUUCUGUUUUUUGCGACAUGUCGACAGGAUCAACCGUCAUUUCCCACGACAGUGAAUCUCCGAUGGAAGUGGACCACUGCCCUGAUCCUGGAUGUUAUUCCAGGGCAAUCAAUUACAAUGUGACCAGCAUCAGACAAUUGGCGGCUUUGGCUGAAAUGUCCGCAGAGUGCCGGCAAUCAAUUCAAUACGAUUGCAACUUUGCCCCGUUGGAGUUUAGUAACGUCGCUUACUCCUGGUGGAACGACAGAGACGGAAAUGCGCAAUAUUUCUGGGCCGGAAGCGACUCCAGUGCCCAUACCUGUCAGUGCGACAUUGACGGGGAUUGCGCGGAUUCUACCGUCAAAUGCAACUGCGACUCCAUGGCGCCAGUGCAAUUAUCUGAUAGUGGUGUCAUAAGAGCCAAGGAGAUCCUGCCCGUUACACGCCUGAAUUUCGGCCGGACCCAGCUGGACACGUCGUCCGGUGUCCACACCCUGGGCCGUUUUGAAUGUUCGGGACAGGUCAGCGAAUCGGGAAUGACAUCCUCGUGCCAAGAUUUGUGGAGAAAGGGACACACCCUGAGCGGAUUGUAUUCCAUCAUGGGAAUGGCGAUGAUUGAAACUGUUUAUUGCGAUUUCGCUAAACUGCCCACUGACUCGGGUUUCCAGACGUGGAUCGGGUACGCAGAUGUCAAAUCCUCGCCAACUUAUUUCCAUGUUCAAAGAAACACAACAUUUAACGAAACGCUGGUUCCUAUUCCAUUCGAUUGGGAAUUACUAAACGUGGGAGGAGCCAUGAAUUUGACUUCAGGCAUAUUUUCGGCACCCGUCGAGGGCAGAUACUUUUUCUCCUUCACAGCAUUAGGGCUAUAUCCAGGAUCUUCGGUUCUACAAGCUUGUCAGAUUCGCCUUUACAAAAAUGGAGUUUACAUUGGACGAACUUAUUCAGAUGAGAUAAGCACUGCAGGUCAAUACGAGACCCUUUCCCUUCAGUUAACUCUCAAUUUAGACAAGGGAGAUCAAGUUUGGGUAGCAAUAGCAUCAGCAACAUCGGGGGCGAGUCUAACUGCUACUUACACUAUUUUCAACGGAUUCUUGCUGGAGGAAGACAUCUCCCCGUCUGUCGAAAUGUUGCGGUUAAUUUAACUUCAAAACAGAAACGUUUUUAAUUGGGCUAUUGAAAUUGAAUAAACGACUUGCUCCGGUAUGAUUUCCGAUUUUUAAUAAUAAAUGAAUACGUUCGAAUAAAUAUGUCCUUGCAGUU